AUGUCGGUAAAUCCAACAAUUAUCAACAAACAAAAAUCAGAUUCGGUGGUUGAAAUCGUUCCGAUAGAAAAUAAUUCUCUACCAUUAAAAAGAUCAUUUUCAUUCACAGAUCAACAAUUAGAAUUAAUAUUGGAACGAUUAAUUACAUUUCAUAGAAGUUCUUCUCCACCACCAUCACCACCUCCACCUCCUCCUUCAAAUCCUAUUGGAAAUCCUGCUCCUCUUGGUCUUGCUGCAUUUGCAUUAACAACAUUUAUGCUUUCAGUAUUUAAUGCUGGUUCAAAUUUAAUUGAUCCUCAUUUAGAAGGAGUUGUUUUACCAGUUGCAUUAUUUUAUGGUGGUCUAGCACAAUUUUCUGCUGGAAUGUGGGAAUAUAGAGUUAAUAAUACAUUUGGUGCAACAACAUUUACAAGUUAUGGAGCUUUUUGGAUGUCUUUUGCAGGUUAUGUUUAUUUAAUUGUACCCAAAAUUGAACCUAUUAAUAAAACAAAACAAGCAACAGGACUUUUUCUUUUAUCAUGGUUUAUUUUUACUAUUUAUAUGAAUGUUGCUGCUUUGAGAAUUUCAAAAAUUAUAUUUAGCAUAUUUUUUUUACUUAAUUUAACAUUUUUAUUUUUGAUUAUUGGAAAUCUUGGUAAUUUACCUGUUAUAACAAAUAUAGGAGGAUGGUUUGGAAUAGUUACUUCAGGUUUAGCAUGGUAUGCUUCUGCUGCUACUAUUAUUAAUACAACUUUUAAAAAAUCUUUAUUACCUAUUGGAGCUUAUCAACAAAAAGAAAAUCCAUCUUCAAUAAUUCUAACUCAUUUUUAA